AUGCCUGCGUCCUUUCGCCUCACAAACCCCGGGGCGCCGCCUCUGGCGAUGGCGCAAACGUCACCUUUUGUCGUCUUUACGAAGCCCCAUGAUUCUCACCCGUCGCUUGACCACCUGGUUCUCCUGGUCUUCGAGGCAGUUAUGGAGGUGGUGUGCGUCAGCUUGCCCGGAUACAUCAUUGCGAGACUGGGCCACUUCGACGCCGACAAACAAAAGUUCCUGGCGAACCUCAACGUGAUGCUCUUCACGCCAUGUCUAAUCUUCACGAAACUGGCCUCUCAGCUCAACGCCGACAAGCUUAUCGAACUCGCUGUCAUACCUAUUAUAUUCGUCAUACAGACCGCUGUGUCUUACUUGGUUGCGCAAGGCGUCUCCCGGCUUUUCGGAUUCCACAAGAGGGCGUCAAACUUUGUCACAGCCAUGGGCGUUUUCGGCAAUUCGAACUCCCUUCCAAUCUCCUUGGUGAUCUCCCUUUCGCAGACAUUGAAGGGUCUGCACUGGGACAGGAUACCCGGCGAUAACGAUGAUGAGGUCGCCGCCCGUGGAAUUUUGUAUUUGAUGAUCUUCCAGCAGCUGGGCCAACUGGUACGAUGGAGUUGGGGCUAUCACGUGCUUCUGGCUCCCAAGGAGAAGUACGCCGACUACGACAAUGAACGAAUCGAAGAGGGCAGAUAUGCCGGGGAUGCUAUGGGCAGUGAGGAGACGGACAACCUGCUGCAGCCGGAAGAUGAUGAUACCGACGACCACCGGAGCAGUGCAUCAGACACCUACGAGCCUGCUGGCCGCACUCCAGUGGCGAACCAGUCACGAGCAUCACUUGCUGAUCUUGUUAACGAGGACGGCACUACAACCCCCCGGAAGAACCCGUACGGCAGGCAUCACUACAAAACAAACUCUGCGCGACCCAGCACUGCGGACACCGUUGGCGAGGAUAACGAGAGUUUGCACGAUCACAGCAUCCUCUCCUUCCCCCGCAUUCGUAACAACGAGGAGGCUGAGAUUCCGGAAGGUGUUAAGGGCUACCCGAAGCGCUGCAAUCGCUGGGUAAAGCAGACUAAGGCGAGGACGACAGCCGCCAUCAACAGGAAGCGCCAUGAGGUGUACUCCCGCCUGCCGCCGCCCCUCCAGCGCACUGUGGACUUCCAGCAGGUGGCCGCCGCCAAGCUGAGCAAUUUCCUGUGGGAGUUCAUGAACCCGCCGCUAUGGGCGAUGCUCGCGGCGGUGAUCGUGGCGUCGAUCCCGGACCUGCAGAGGCUGUUCUUCCAAGAGGGCUCAUUCAUCAAGAACAGCGUGACCAGCGCCGUCAGCUCGAGUGCGGGCGUGGCCGUGCCGCUCAUCCUGGUCGUGCUGGGUGCAAACCUGGCGCGCAACACGCAAAAGCGCGAUGGUGAGCCCGAGGAGGCCGUCAUCGGCAGCAAGCUGCUCGUCGCCAGCCUCAUCUGCCGCAUGCUGCUGCCCACGCUAAUUAUGGCGCCCAUUCUGGCUGUCUUCGCCAAGUACGUGCCCGUGAGCAUCUUGGACGACCCAAUCUUUGUCAUCGUCUGCUUCCUCCUCACCGGCGCGCCCAGCGCGCUGCAGCUGGCGCAGAUCUGCCAAAUCAACUCGGUGUAUGAGAACGUCAUGUCCAAGAUCCUCUUCCAGAGCUAUGUUAUCUGGAUCCUUCCCUCGACCCUCAUUCUUGUCAUGCUUGCGCUUGAGGUUGUUGAGUGGGCUCAAUGA